AUGUUUGAUUCAGAAAAAUUAAUAUUACAAGUUCAUUUACGACCAUGUUUAUGGAACAUAAGUGAGAAAUCGUAUAGCGAUCGUUUGGCAAAAAGACUUGCAUGGGAACAAAUUGCUCAAGAAUUUAACGAGGAUUGGAGUUCAUACACUACCAAAAAGAAAAAUGAAACAAUUGAUGAUUUAACGAAGAAAUGGAAACAUUUGAGGGACUACUAUGUGAGAGAAAAGAAAAAGCAAAACUUGAGAAGUGGCAGUGCGGCGCCUAAGAAGAGAAUUACUCCAUACUUCGAGAUGCUUUCUUUUUUGAGUGUUAGUCUACAAAGUCGUGAUACAGAAGGCAAUCUUGAAUUGCCCGAUGAAUUAAUUAGCGACAAUUCGAGGACGCCGCCGCCGCCUCCAACUGGUACUCCACCGCCGCCUGCAUCAACGUCAUCAAACUUGUCAGCGUCAGACCGAAAAAAAAUUACACCCUUUCAAAAAUCUUUAUUACAAAAAAUUGAUUCGGUAGACAAAACUGCAGAUGAUCCUGACAAGAAUUUCUUACUCUCUAUGUUACCCGACAUGAGGUCCAUGACCGAUAGGGAAAAAUUUGAAUUCAAAUUUGAAAUAAUGUCCGCAAUAAAGAGCAUCAAGUAUAACUACCAGGUUUCAGAAUACUCCCCAACGUCAUCGACUAGAGCACAUAAUAUCUAUGAGUACCGUCCGACCAGCAUCGCGAGUACCUCCAACAGUUCAAAUGCACAUGGUGAUAUCACUAAAAUACAUAGUUCAACUGAUAUCGGUUCACCUGCUAUGACAGAAUUAUCAACUGAAGACUUGGAUGAGAUAUUAAAUAAUGAAACUUCAUUGUUAGAUAAUGAACCGUGUGAAUAA